UCCGUUCGCACACAGCCCAAACAGUCGGAUAUAUCCGAGCACCAGAGAGGGUCGGAUAUAUGGCCGCUUUUGUUGGCCCUGUCGGUGGGUUUGCUUCGGUUUGGGUGCUCAGUUCGGCUUCGUUGGCCUGAGGUGACGCAUCUAGAUAGCGGAGUGCCGGCUUCUUUCGCGAGGUAGCCUUGUUUCCACCGCGGACGCACUUCCUCUCCCUGGCCAGCAUAUUUUGGCAACACGUGUUGGCCGAUAAUUGCCGGAACCGGGUCGCUGAAUUCUCUCUCUUUCUCUGGGGAGCAAGGUACACGUCAACGGAGCAAGAGAGUCCACUGUAUUUCUCGGAACCUGCAAGUGCGUCGACAUCACGAGAUUGUGCCAAAAAAGCAUAGCUCUCCCGAUUUUGUGAUUCAUUGUACCGGCGCCACUCGACGAAGACAGCUGCGCGAGCGGCAUCUAACAUUCGCAUUCGUGGACUCUGGACAAAAGUAUCGCCAUGGGCUAUGACGAGGCCAUCGUCCACUUGGGGGACUUUGGACGCUACCAGAAGAUCAUCUACUUCCUCAUCUGCCUCACAUCCAUUCCAGUGGCCUUUCACAAGCUGGCCGGGGUGUUCCUGCUGGCCAAGCCGGACUUCCGGUGCGCCCUGCCCUUCGAGAAUGGCAGUAGCUACGAGUUGUCCCCCCACCUGUGGAACCUAUCGUACCCGCAGAACGAACGGUGCUCCUACUACGACGUGGACUACACAGCGGAGUACCUGAAUGGCAGCAUUCCGCGGAGCAGCAACGACACCAAGAGCUGUUCGCGCUAUGUGUACGAUCAGAGCAAGUACCUCAACAGUGCCGUGACCGAGUGGAAUCUGGUUUGUGGCAGGGAUUUCAUGGCCGCCACCAGCGAUUCGCUCUUCAUGCUGGGCGUGCUCCUGGGCAGCAUUGUGUUUGGCCAACUGAGCGAUAAGUACGGUAGAAAGCCCAUCCUCUUCGCCUCGCUGGUCAUCCAGGUGCUGUUCGGCGUUCUGGCUGGAGUGGCACCGGAAUAUUUCACCUACACGUUCGCCAGACUGAUGGUGGGCGCCACCACUUCCGGUGUCUUCCUGGUGGCCUAUGUGGUGGCCAUGGAAAUGGUGGGUCCGGACAAGCGCCUGUACGCCGGCAUCUUUGUUAUGAUGUUCUUCUCCGUGGGAUUCAUGCUGACGGCAGUCUUCGCCUACUUCUUCCACGACUGGCGCUGGCUGCAGAUUGCUCUAACCCUACCCGGACUCAUCUUCAUGUUCUACUACUGGAUCAUUCCGGAGUCCGCCCGCUGGCUGCUGUCGAAGGGACGCAAGGAGUGCGCCAUCGCCAACAUGCAGAAGGCGGCGCGAUUCAACAAGGUGGAGAUCAGCGAUGAGGCAUUGGGUGAGCUGCUCGAUGAGGGUGAAAACUCCGAGGAGAAGGCCAAGCAGAAGCUGGAGGAUCCGGAGCAGGACGCGGGACCGCCGCCCUCCGUGUGGGAUCUCUUCUGCUACCCCAAUCUCCGCCGCAAGACGCUGCUCAUCUUCCUGGACUGGCUGGUGACCAGUGGCGUGUACUAUGGACUCUCCUGGAACACCAACAACCUGGGUGGCAAUGUGCUGCUGAACUUUGUUAUCUCGGGAGCCGUGGAGAUCCCAGCCUAUGUAUUCCUGCUGCUAACCCUGAACCGCUGGGGCCGGCGAUCCAUCCUGUGCGGCUGCCUGGUGAUGGCGGGUCUCAGUCUCCUGGCCACGGUCGUCGUUCCGGACAGCAUGCACACCUUAAUGAUCGCGUGCGCCAUGCUGGGCAAGCUGGCCAUCACAGCGUCCUAUGGCACCGUCUACAUAUUCUCCGCCGAGCAGUUCCCAACCGUGGUGCGAAAUGUGGCUCUGGGCGCCGCCUCCAUGGUGGCCCGCAUCAGUGGCAUGAUGGCACCAUUCCUCAACUUCCUGGCCACCAUUUGGAAGCCACUGCCGCUGCUCAUCUGCGGAUCGCUCUCCCUGGCAGCCGGGUUGCUCUCUCUCCUGCUGCCGGAGACGCACAACCAGCCCAUGCUGGAGACCAUUGCGGAUGGCGAGCGUUUUGGCAAGAAGACCAAGGGAGAUGUCUACCUGGAAACGGGCCAAGAACUGAGGGCACCAGAGGCGCAGCCACUCAAGGGAACAGGCGAGGCAAAUGGCUCAAGCAUAGCCAAUGGCCACAAGUACUAGAAAAUCUCAGGGCCUGCACCUAAAAGUUUCCAGAACUUACAGAACCUACAGACUACAGACAGGGCAACUAGAAUUCGGUCAGGCCAAAGGCAGGGCAUUUAUCUUUAAAAAAAUAGACCAAGUAUUAUACAAAUUCUGAAAUCUCACACGUAACCAAAAAAGAAAAGACCAGACAACAAAAUUGUACGUAAAAGAACAUAACUCUUUAGCAUUUAGCCGGGUAGUGAGGAGCGGUCUUAUAAAGGGGGUUACGAUUUCCGCAGAUUAGGGGCGGUUUUCGCCCGGAAAAUCAGCUGGAAAAUGCCUCGUGCUGCUGCAUAAUUUAUUCCCAUGCCUAUUUUUAACUUUAGUGUACUUACAUCUAGUAGAUGCUUUUGAAAUAAACGUACUUUUUCAGAGAUUAAAGACCCCUCCCCCUCCUCCUGCCUGACCCCUCGUAAACCCGGACGGAAUGUCUGGCCUUUUCAUUAGGAAAUUUGAAACGUGUUUCCGCUGUGUUUAUUUUCGUAAUCGUUUCUUAUCAGUCCCGAAAACACGAGACCCUCAUUCGAAAAAUGGACCCACUCCAAAUCACGAGCUUGCCAAGUGCUUAGUUAUAAACCCGAUGAUACGAUGUUACGAUGUAUGUAGCAGCAGAAAGAACUCAUAUAGCUUGGAAUGCGAAUCAUAAUCGCAUGAUUUUUGGGGCCACCGCAUAGUGUUGCAUUAUUCACAUCUCGCGAGCACUUCAACCUUGAUCUUCUCCUACGUGGCUGCUCGGAAAGUGGGUCUUCUAUUUUUAGUGCACCAUUUACGAGUGCAUUGCCACAUGUUCUGUCAGCUUUUCAAUUAAUAACUUAACCAGCCAGCCAGUGUUUUCGAUAAGAACGGAAGUAUUCGGCUUUAAGAGAGAGACGCCC